ACAACAUAGAUCAUUUCUCUCCUAUUUAAGUUCUCGAAUUGAUCUCAACAAAAACAAACAAACUUGCAUACCAUAUUCUGUUAUUCACCACUGCCACCACCUCACGGCGGUAGUAGACACACUCCCCAAUCACCACUUUCAUGGCCACAUCAUCAAAACACAUUCAUUUAUAUAGAAGUAUUGCCAUUUAAAAAAAAUGUAUACCUUUUGCUAAAAGCCAUGCUUAAUACCUUUUGAGACCACAUAUACACAUUUGGUAUAUUCACUCUUGUGUUUGUUGAUCCGUUUCUAUAUUUAUAUAAAAGUCUUGUCGUUAAAAAAAAUGUAUACCUUUUACUAGAUGCCAUCCUUAAUUCCGAGACCACCAUUUUCCCUCAUAUUUUCAUCCCGUCAUCGUGGCCACCUUUUCGCUUCUUUCCUCACGUUAAAGCGGAUUCAUAUCACCACCACGGCAACUACCACUACCGCGGCCACUUCCCCAAAGAUUAUCGUCAUCAUGGGCGCAACAGGAGCUGGAAAAUCACGUCUCUCAAUCGACCUCGCAACUCGCUUCUUCAAAAACUCCGAAAUAAUCAACUCCGACAAAAUGCAAGUAUAUCAUGGACUCGAUAUAACCACCAACAAAAUCACAAUAAAAGAACAACAAUGCAUCCCUCACCACCUUCUCGGAGUAUUCGACCCGUCCCAAAUCGUUAUCAACCCGUAUAUAUAUCGAAAACUAGCUUCCAAAACAAUCUCUAAUAUUGUAUCCCGUAAUGGGCUGCCACUUAUCGUAGGCGGGUCGAACUCAUUCAUCUACUCAUUACUUACAAAACAGUUCAACCCGAAAAUGGAUGUGUUUAACGGGCCAGACCCAGACCCGGUCAGCUCGGAGCUUCGGUACAAGUGUUGCUUCAUAUGGGUGGAUGUUUGCUUCAAAGUUUUAAACCGGUAUUUAUGUAAAAGGGUUGAUGAGAUGCUGGAUUCGGGUAUGGUGGAGGAGUUAAAAGAGUUUUUCGGGUCGGGUGAGUAUUUGAGGGUGAAAAGGGAUGGGUUGGGUCGGGCGAUCGGAGUGCGGGAGAUGGAGGCGUAUUUUAGUGGUGGUGGAGUGGAUUUGGAGGUGUAUGAUAGAGGGGUGAGGAGGGUGAAGGUUAAUAGUUGUGAGCUGGCGAAGAGGCAGGUGGGUAAAAUAUUACGGUUGAAGGAGGGUGGGUGGGAUUUGAAGAGGGUGGAUGCAACGGAGGUGGUGCGGCGGAAAAUGACGGCGGAAGGUGGAGGAAGUGUGGCAGAGUUAUGGGAGGAGGUUGUGGAAACAAGUGUAAAGAUUGUGAACCAAUUCUUGGAGGAGUAGCUGAAUCCUAGAAACUCUAAAG